AUGCCUCCCUACGGCCUCCUAGGCGCAACCUUCCUAAUCGCGCGCCUGAUCCAAAUGUGCAGCCUAAUCACUAUCAUCGGCCUCACAGCCAACUUUAUCUCGGAGAUCGUGUCCAACAACGCCACACCCCCGGCCAUCUUCAUCGGCACCAUCACAGUUACAAGCAUCGCCGUAAUCUACGCCCUAAUCACCACAAUCCUCUACUACGACAACAUCCUUCCCUUCCUGGCCGCCGCCGUCCUGGACACGCUGCUCCUCAUCGCCGUGAUCGUGGUGGCGGUCAUCCUGGGCAAACCGCUGUCAUACCUGCAAUGCACGAAGAUCGGGAGCAGCAGCAGCAACAACAGUUCCUCGGCCUAUACCUUUGCCACGCAUCUGAGCAGUUACCUCGACCAUCUGGAUGGGAAAGUCAACUACAGCAAUUGGAUCGGGGCGACCAAGGCGGUGUGUUUGGAGGCCAAGUCGAUUUGGGGGUUGAGUAUUGCUUUAUGUAUCAUGUUCUUCUUCUCUGCGAUCUGUGGGAUCGUUCUCUGGCGGCAGAAGAAGAAGGCUGGGGUGGAGAAGUUGGAGGGGUAG